UAAUCCCAUGUGCCUCUUGUGUUAAUUCAUUCGGGAUGGUCCUCUGCUGCAAUGUUCCCCAUGAACUCUGAGUUGUCCUUUUAAGCCGUCACAUUUGUCGGAGUGGACAGAAGGAGCCCGUGCAGUACAGCACGCAGCACAUUCCGGUUAGUGGUGAUCUGGUUAUAAUGGACCUGAGGUUCCUGUUUACAAGUUUAGCCAUUAUUAUUGGAGCAACACUCGCCAUCUCCCUGGCGAACGGCACAGCGCAGUGCAAAAUCAAGUGGUUGUUUGGAAUCCCGUGUGAAGAUGUCUACGGAACACUGGUGAACCAGAUCAAGGCCUGGCAGAUCCGACAAAGCUGCCUAGAUGCAGGAGAGAUAUGCUCAUACGAACUCGUGUCAACUGAUCCGCACAUGAUAACAGCCACGCACACGUCUCCAAAAACCAAGAGAGUCAACGACCUGCAGUUUCUUUUGGAGCAGUCCGCCGUUUGCAAAGUGACCGGAGAAGGAACGUCGGAGUCCUCCAAAGAUCCAGCCGAGAACAGCACCAAUUUUUGCAGCCUUCAGAACUUGAUGGAUGGAAGUGACCUGAUUGAAGCUGAGGGAUACAAACGCUUCACCAACAAGUGGAUCUGUGCUGGCUUUGAGAACGCCAACUGCUCCUUGUCCUGAACAAAGCAUGAGAAUCGACGGCGCUUGGAGCAGUUUGAGAGAGUCUUUUGAUUUUUUUUUUUGUCAUUUGUUUAUCGUGCUCACCUUUAAUCAGGGAGAGCAAUUCAGGGAGGUUUUUU